GUUAGGAAACUUUGUUGUGAAAAAUAUUCGAGUGUGGAAGGAGAGGAAAACUAAAGGAAAAUGCGGAUACCAUCAAUUGUCCUGUUGCAGAGGACUCCACCACAGAAUGAAAAUAAAGUCCCCUUCAAGGAACAACUUCCGCUGCGCCUGAAGAACCGUGUGAGUGGGAAAGGUGGUUCUGAGAGUGAUGUUGCCUGCCUUCAUGAGAUGUCGGUGCUCUUUGCCUGCAUGAAGGGAGCAGAUUUCAAUGAGAGUGCAUGCUCAAAGGAGAUCACAAGUCUAAAGAAGUGCUACAAAACCUUCCUGGAUACGAAAAAGCAGAAGAAGGCCGAAGAUAAGACGGGGAAUGUGGUUGUAGGAAGAAAUCUCAACUACAAGCAACUCAACAAAUACCUGAGGAGCUACCCAAAUCCCGAAUGAAUGUUGCCGGAAUAAUAGCUAAUAAAUGUAGGUAAAAAUACAAA